CUGGAGAAUGGCUGGAAAACUCCCAGACUCUGUCUGGUGCUGUCUGGACUAGAGCCCAUAAAUAGUGCUGCUUGAAAAAAUAGCUUUUGAUCAAUAUGGAACUGGCAUUUGUCCUCCUCUUGGUUGUCACAACUGUUUCUGGGUGUGGUGUACCCAAUUACGAGCCCAACACCAGCCGUGUGGUGAAUGGAGAAGAGGCCCGUCCCUACAGCUGGCCAUGGCAGGUGUCUCUGGAGUCUUUCUUCCCCACCUGUGGAGGAACACUUAUUGCUCCUGACUGGGUCUUGACUGCUGCUCACUGCAUCACAUUCCACACAUACAGGGUGGUUCUUGCUGAGCAUGACAUGAAAAAGCAGGAGGGACCUGAACAGUCCAUUAUGGUGAAAAAAAUGUUCAUCCAUCCCAAAUGGAACGACAACUGCGUGUCUUGUGGGAAUGAUAUUGCCCUGCUAAAGCUGGAGAAGAGCGCUGUUAUUAAUGAUAAGGUUCAGCUGGCUUGCCUGCCACAGCCUGGUGCUACCCUUGCCCACAACCAGCCCUGUUACGUCACAGGCUGGGGUCGUCUCUUCUCUGGAGGUCCCCAGGCAACUACACUUCAGCAGGCCCUACUUCCUGUGGUGGAUCACAGUAUCUGCAGUAAAAGUGACUGGUGGGGCAGCUCGGCGAAGACAACAAUGGUCUGUGCAGGAGGAGAGAGCAAGUCAGCAUGCCAUGGUGACUCUGGCGGCCCUCUGAACUGUAAGGGCAGAGACGGUAAAUGGUAUGUUGAGGGAGUGACUAGUUUUGUGAAUGGGCGUGGAUGUAAUACUCCUAAAAAGCCCACAAUGUUUACCCGUGUGGCCUCUUUCAUCCCCUGGAUCCGUGAGACCAUGGCCCAAAACUGAAGAAGUUUCCGUAACUGAAGAAGUGACUCAACAAUAAACUCUAAAAUGAAAUGUU